AUGAUCUCAUACAAAUCGAGGCUCAAACUGCCAUUUCUUUUGAUACUCCUUCAAAUAAUCACUUUUAUCUACCUCUCCGACUUCAUCAACUGGACCUAUGUUGAAGCUCAAGGCCAAGUCAAGUUGCCGCCGGGGUUGCGGCAACAACGGCAACAGAUACGUCACGCCAUUGGUGGUGUAUAUAGUGAGAACAAGACCUUGUACUUUCGGAACUCACCCUUCAGAGUAACCGAAGAUGUCAUAGUAAACCCGGGUGUUACGUUAGAGAUUGAGACUGGAGUUCAGUUGUACUUUGACACUGGUGUUGGCAUUAAGGUGUACGGUACUUUGAGGGCUAUUGUAAGUUUUUUUUGUUUUAAUUUUUUUUGGACGGAGUAAAAUGAAAUUUUGGGGAUGGAAUUUGUAAAAAAUUUUUUUUUGAUUUGUAAAGAAAGUUCUUGCUAUUUAUGUGUCAAAAAAGUGUGUUUUCGCUUUGCGCACGCAACGGUGGACAAGUUAUACGAUAAAAAAUGUCUUAAGCUUUGUAAACAAAGUUUUUGGUAUUUGAUCUUUUGUAAAGAAAGUUCUUGACAUAUCUUGUUUUGUAACUAAAGUUCUUGUCAUUUCGUGUUUUGUAAAGAAAGUUCUUGCUGUUUUUUGUUUUGUAAAGAAAGUUAUUGUGUUUUAAUUUCAGGGCAAUGAAUUUGCUCACAUUGAGAUGUUGCCAUUCCAAGAGCAACUCAAUUACGAUGAGACUAUGCCAGAGUUUCGAUUGAUCGAUGGACCUUCAGUUAGACAAGGACGGCUUCAAAUGAAGUUCAGAGACCGAUGGCGAUCGGUUUGUACUAUGGUUACAAAGUAAGUUGAUUCUUUAGGAUUUUUUGAAUUUUAGAAGUAAUAUACGAUGAAGAUUAUUAGGCGUAGGCUGAUGUUUAGGCUUAGGCUUAAGCUUUGGCUUAGGCUUAGGCUUGGGCUUAAGCUUAGGUUUAGGCUUAGGCUUAGGUUUAGGUUUAGGUUUAGGUUUAUGCUUAGGCUUAAAUUUAGGUUCACACCUACCUAAGGAUAACGAUUAGGCUAAAGUUUAUAAAUAUUUCCAUGGUUAUGCUUGACUUUAAUCUUAGUCUUAGGUUUUUGUUUUUUGGUGUACGAUGGGCUAAGCGCAGCAUAGACGUUUGGUACCCUUAUGCUUAGACUAGGUUGAACUUACUUAUAAGACUACUUAUACAUCAAAUAUUAAUACGGCAGAUAAAAGCUGAUUCCCCGCAGUAAAAUAGAUCCAAAUCCUAGCACUCGCAGUCAUUUGUUGGGUCGUUUUACAUCGAGGCAAAAUGUUAAUAAGGUCCUAAUAUUACAUAAGAAAACGUUACGUAAUAUUAUUUCUUGCAAUUUCUCUAAGGCUAUCUAGUUUUGUAAAAAAGUUAUGUCAUUUACGCGAAAUUUUAGAAAAUUUUAUGUAAUUACAUCCGUAUUUUAAAAUACAGCAAAGUAGGGUAGGAUAACAAAGAGCGAAGCAAGUCAGAGUAAGUAAGGUAGGGUAGGGUAGGGGAGGGUAGGGUAGGGAAGGGUAGGGUAGGGUAGGGUAGGGUAGGGUAGGGUAGGGUAGGGUAGGGUAGGGUAGGGUAGAGUAGGGUGGGGUAGGGUAGGGUAGAGUAGGGUGGGGUAGGAUGGGGUAGGAUGGGGUAGGGUAGGAUAUGGUAGGGUAGGGUAGGGUAGGGUAGGGUAGGGUAGGGUAGGGUAGGGUAGGGUAGGGUGGGGUAGGGUGGGGUAGGGUAAGGUAGGGUAUGAUGAUAUAUUAUAAUAUUAAAUUUUGUAUUUUAGUUGGACCUCAAUAGACACAAGUGUAGCCUGUCGUUCCAUGGGCUACGGUGAUGGUGGGUUCUGGCGGUGGUAUCGUCGAGUGAAUGACACUUAUCCAUUGGCUAUGCCUGCACCUGGCUGUGUACCUUCGGCCAAGAAUUUGUGGGAUUGUGAUGGAUUUAAGGAUCCGAAUUCAAUCAGAAUGAGUGAAAACCUAUGUCAAGGUGAAGAUGACAUUGGACUGUAUUGUUGGGGACAGCCGACUUUUAAUGGAUGGGCUAGGCAUUGGAAAGGUAGGUGCUUUAGUUUCGUUUGAAGUUUUGUAAAAAAAGUUUUUGUCAUUUUUUGAUUCGUAAAAUAAGUUCUUGCCAUUUUUGGUUUUGUAAAGAAUGUUCUUGCCAUUUUCCUUUUCGCAAACAAAGUUUCUUCCAGGCGUGUCAAUCUACAACUCUCCCUUCUACUACGUCCCAGCCGACCCGGACAUGGUAGCAGCGCAGCCGGAGUCCUAUAGUCGACUCGAGUUCAUCGACAUCUUAUACGCCGGCUACGAUGGCUACACAAAGAACGUCACAACAGCACUAUACGUGGAAGGAGUACCACCCAUAAUGAACGGCCUGAGGGUACAGCGGAGUGCCAGGGAUGGGAUCUACUUUUUCGAGCCAAAUGGUCCCAUUAUCCUGGCCAACUCCACCAUUAGCGACAAUCGAGGGCAUGGGCUGGUCAUUGAGAACACUACCGAUGGUCGAUUGUUUGUCAAUUACACUUUGAUCACGAACAAUUAUGGCGAUGGCAUUUGGUAUAGGCAGCGGUAUGGGGGUGAUACGUUGGUUAGACGACCUGGCAUGCCUGGACGUAGGUUUUUUGUUUUUUUUUAUUUAAUUAGACAAAGGGGUGGGCCAUUUUUAAAACAAGAAGAUAUUUAUUUAGGUGGAAGAGGAGGAAGGGAGGGAUAGGGGAAUUUGAUCUUUAUUAAGGUGGGGGGGGGGCAAAUUAAAAAAAGGUAAAUUUUUUAAUAAGGGCGGCGGGGAUACAAAACAAUACCUUUUUGGGUAAGGUGUAUGUUUGUAUGUUUUUUAAUGGGGCGGGAGGGGUAAUUUUUUAACAAAAUGAAUUAUUUUUUUUAGUUAAAAAAAAAGGGGGGGGGGAGCAUAAUGAGCGUUUUUAGGGCUGAUUUUUUUUGAAGAGCCAGGGUGGUGGGGGGGGGGUAUUAAGGUAGAGCAAUUGCUAGGGCAGGACAGGUUUUUCUAAGGCUAGGACUAAGGCUUUGAGCUAGAUUGGUUUAUGCUGAACUGGGCUCUGUUAUGCUGGUCUGCGUUGUGCUGGGCUAGGGCUUUGGGACAAGGCUUUGGGCUAGGACUUUGGGCUAGGGGUAGGGUUCUUUUAUCGUUGUUUUUACUUUACUUUCUUAGUCCUUAUCACUUUUGACUAAAACUUAUCUUUUAGGUUACAAACGUCAAGUCCAGCCCCACCUCCACAUGAACUUGAUGAAUAUCGACCGUCCUCGAGCAGAGAUCUGUGAAUCCCACAAAUACAAUGAAUCCAUGUUCUUCCCCCACCUUUUCGCCAUCCAUCUUCAAAAUGGCUCCAGCUACAGUGAGCUACAACCUCGACCCUGCUGGAUACAGGUCAAGUUACCCAAGCGACUUGACUAUGUCUAUACCUUACAGUUCGUGUCAGUAGCCAAUCGAAAUCCACAUCAGUUGGGCAGCAGGACAGACCUCAUCGUAUGUGAUGGCAAUUUAACGUUCGUGGAGUUGUGUGAAAAGGAAAGGUUUAGACUACCGAUUAGGAAUGGCGUUAUACCACAAAGUGUCAGUAUCAGGUGGGUUUUGAUUGAAAUUUUUAUAUUUUUUAAAAAUUUCGUGAAAUUUCGACGAUUUUUAACAUUUUUUUGUCUUUCGCGACCUGCGGUAGACAAGUUAUACGAAGAAAAAGCAUUUCCUGGUUUGGAAAGAAAGUUCUUGCGAUUUUUUGUUUUGUAAAGAAAAUUUUUGUCAUUUUUUGUUUUGUGAACAAAGUUUUUGCCUUUUUUUGCUUUGUAAGGAAAGUUCUGUUCUUUUUUGAAGUUUAAAAGCCUGUUUUAGCUAAAAAGCUGUUUGAAACUUGCAUCUUUAGCCUUAAAAUGCGAAAAUUUGAGUUGUGCAGGCUGCGGGUGACAAGUUAUACGAUAAAUGACAAAACUAUAACACGUUAUAUAUUCUAUUAAAAAAUUGUGUUUCAAGUUGAAAGCUUUUUAUUUUUUUGAAAUUUAAUUUGAUCUUUAUACCUAUUUUACUAAUUGUUUCGAAAAAUAUGGGUUCUGCAGUCUGUGGGUGACAAGUUAUACGAUGACUCAAAAAUCAUGCUUUUUUAGAUAUAAAUGA